CAACAUUCCUGCCGGUGGGACAAGAUUCGCAGCGUUUGUCUUCAGUCAUUUGGCUUCCGAAAAAUGCGUGAAUGCAUCUCCAUACAUGUUGGUCAGGCUGGCGUCCAGAUCGGUAAUGCGUGUUGGGAACUCUACUGCCUGGAACAUGGGAUUCACCCGGAUGGCCAGAUGUCCAGUGAUGAGACGAUUGGUGGUGGGGAUGAUUCUUUCAACACAUUCUUCAGUGAGACUGGAGCAGGGAAACAUGUUCCGAGAGCUGUUUUUGUGGAUCUAGAGCCCUCAGUAAUUGAUGAAGUGCGCACUGGCACCUACCGCCAGUUGUUCCACCCAGAGCAGCUGAUCACUGGUAAAGAGGAUGCUGCCAACAAUUAUGCCCGUGGACACUACACAAUCGGGAAAGCGAUCAUUGAGCCGGUUCUGAACAGGAUUCGCAAACUGGUAGGAAAUCUUUGCAGUUUUAUUUUAGGUGAGCUGAUGCAGCUGUUCCAAAUUGGUUUCUCUUUCUGUCACCAGUCUGACCAGUGUACAGGACUUCAGGGCUUCCUGGUUUUCCACAGCUACGGUGGAGGAACCGGCUCUGGUUUCACCUCCCUACUGAUGGAGCGUCUCUCCAUGGACUACGGCAAAAAGUCCAAGCUGCAAUUUUCAGUCUACCCUGCCCCUCAGGUGUCAACUGCUGUAGUGGAACCCUAUAACUCCAUCCUGACCACUCACACCACCCUGGAACACUCAGAGUGCGCCUUUAUGGUGGACAAUGAAGCGAUCUACGAUAUCUGCCGCAGAAACCUUGACAUUGAGCGACCCUCUUACACAAACCUGAACAGAUUGAUCAGCCAGAUUGUGUCCUCAAUCACCGCUUCUCUUCGUUUUGAUGGAGCCCUUAAUGUGGAUCUAACAGAGUUCCAAACCAAUUUGGUGCCAUAUCCACGCAUCCACUUCCCUCUGACCACUUACGCUCCUGUGAUCUCUGCUGAAAAGGUGUACCACGAGCAGCUCACUGUGGCUGAGAUCACAACUGCCUGCUUUGAGCCAGCCAAUCAAAUGGUGAAAUGUGACCCUCGCCAUGGCAAGUACAUGGCUUGCUGCCUUCUGUACCGUGGUGAUGUAGUGCCCAAAGAUGUCAACGCUGCCAUUGCGACUAUUAAAAACAAGCGGUCCAUCCAGUUUGUGGACUGGUGCCCAACUGGCUUUAAGGUUGGCAUCAACUACCAGCCACCCACUGUGGUUCCUGGUGGUGACUUGGCCAAGGUUCAGAGGGCUGUGUGCAUGCUGAGCAACACCACGGCUAUUGCAGAGGCUUGGGCUCGACUCGAUUAUAAGUUUGACCUAAUGUAUGCCAAACGGGCCUUUGUUCAUUGGUACGUAGGUGAGGGGAUGGAGGAGGGGGAGUUCUCUGAGGCCAGGGAGGAUAUGGCAGCCUUGGAGAAGGAUUACGAAGAGGUUGGCUCAGAUGCCCGGGAAGAUGCAGUGGAAGAUGGAGAAGAAUAUUGAAGAUUUGUAUUCCUUGUAUAAAUUUGUUUAAUAAAGAUGGUGUUGCAUUAUUAUACUU